AUGCCCAAAGUGCGGCCCACGAUAGACAUCACAAUCUUGAAAGGUGAAAAAGGAGAAACGGGACCCAAAGGGCUAUUGGGGCCCGAGGGCAAAGCGGGACAGCCAGGCCGACGGGGUCUAAAUGGAUGGAAAGGGCAAAAGGGUCAGCUUGGCCCCCCGGGCAACUCCUGCAAGCAGUAUUACGUGGCCUUCUCCGUGGGCCGCCGCAAACCCCUCCACAGCUCGGACUACUACCAGCACGUCACGUUUGACACCGAGUUUGUCAACCUCUACGAGCACUUCAACAUGUUCACGGGGAAGUUCUUCUGCUACGUGGCCGGGGUCUACUUCUUCAACCUCAACGUCCACACCUGGAACUACAAGGAGACCUACCUCCACAUCAUGAAGAACGACUCCCAGGCCGCCAUCCUCUACUCCCAGCCCAGUGAACGGAGCAUCAUGCAGAGCCAGAGUCUCAUGCUGGACCUCCUGGAAGGGGACGAGGUCUGGGUGCGGAUGUUCAAGCGGGAGAGGGAGAACGCCAUCUACAGUGAGGAGUCUGACGUCUACAUCACCUUCAACGGACAUCUCAUUAAGCCGGCCGUGGAAUAA